AUGGCGCAUAGCUCUUUCGUUACCGGCCUGCCGCCCACGGUGGGCAACGCACUUGAAAAAACACCAAAGCUCAUGUCUCGAGACGACAUCGAAGCUCUGAUUGCCGAAGGCAAGCAUAUCACUAUCUUUCAUAAUCAAGUAAUCAAAAUGGAUGCUUGGAUGCCGUAUCAUCCAGGUGGUGAUAAAGCCAUGCUUCAUCUGGUUGGUAAAGACGCCUCGGACGAAAUCGAUGCCCUUCACAGUUAUGGAACCCGCCAGCACGUACUGCGAUAUCGUAUCGGUCGAGUCGAAGGUACCUGGGAGAACCUGCUACCUCCUAUCCAGGGCGGCGUCCAUCGAACACGGGAAGAGAUCGAGCGAGCCAAUUCGGAGGGCGAUCUCAAUCAGGACCGAGAUUCAAGUACACCGUCGACUCGUGUUCCAUCCCCGGUAUUCGACGAGGAUGACGCAAAGGGUGUUCGGCAACGAAGAGGGGACAAGAUGAAGAAGGAUGGUGCUCGAGCAUCUUCGAUAUCAUCUGCCUCCAGUGUCGAUGAGCCAGAGAUGGACGGCAUGUCGUACUUGGAUACAAUCACUCGCCAACACAUCAACCUCGAUCUCGACAAAUACCCCCCUCCCGAUAAAGAAACACAAGCCAAAAUCGCUUCCAAGUACCGCGAACUUCAUCAAAAAGUUUACGACACCGGCCUCUACGACUGUAACUACAGAGCCUAUGGGAUCGAAUUCCUUCGAUAUAUCGCAUUAGCUGUUGGCUCGGCGGUUAGUCUACAACAUGAGUGGUAUGCCCUCAGCGCCUUCCUCUUAGGCGCCCUCUGGCAUCAACUAUCGUUCACCGUUCACGAUGCUGGCCAUAUGGGUAUUACCCACAACUACCUCGUCGAUUCUUGCAUCGGGGCCCUGAUUGCCGACUUCAUGGGAGGUCUGUCGAUAGGCUGGUGGAAGCGGAAUCACAACGUGCACCAUGUCGUCACCAACGCUCCGGAACAUGACCCUGAUAUUGAACACAUGCCUCUCUUCGCCGUUUCUCACCGACUGCUUGGUAGCUUGCGAUCGACAUACUACGAGCGAGUAAUGUCUUACGAUGCUGUGGCAAAGGUUCUCCUCAGAGUCCAGGCCUGGACCUACUAUCCGCUACUUUCCCUGGCCCGUUUCAACCUCUACCGACUAUCUUGGGACUUUCUUCUCAUGGGUCGAGGUCCCAAGAAGGGCCCUGCAUUGGCUAUCUGGUGGCUUGAGGUUACUGGUCAGGUCUUCUUCUGGACUUGGUUCGGUUAUGGCCUCGUCUACAAUAUGCUUCCAGACAACUGGACUCGAUUCUACUUUGUCAUGAUAAGCAACAUCACAGCGUCGCCCCUGCACGUUCAAAUUGUGCUAUCUCACUUCGCCAUGAGUACUGUAGAGUUGGGGCCCCAGGAAUCCUUCCCUCAGAGACAGCUUCGAACGACCAUGGAUAUCGACUGCCCUGAGUGGCUUGAUUUCUUCCAUGGUGGCCUGCAGUUCCAAGUUAUUCAUCAUCUCUUCCCUCGUGUACCCCGCCAUAACCUACGUGCUACACAAAAGCUCGUCCAGGAGUUCUGUAACGAGGUCAACAUCCCUUACGCACUUUAUGGGUUCGCCAAUGGUAACCAGAAAGUGAUUGGAAGACUGGCUGAAGUUUCCCGACAAGCGGCGAUCCUUUCUAAGUGCCAGCAAUCAAUCCAGAAUGGUGAUCUCUCUCAUCACUAG